ACGCUGCGCCCCGACGACAGAAGCGUUCGCCUCGCGCCGAGGUAUGCGCGCGCUUAACAAAAGAUUAACGCACAGAAAACUGAUUUAUCGCGUCGCGUUGAAAAAAUAAUCGACUCGCAUCGAAGACAUGCGAUGGAGGGUCAAGAGUGGCGGGACGAGUGGCAGCAGCCGCGGCAGAUGGACGGAGUGGUGUUCAGCCAGUUCUCUCGCGGCGGGUUCCAGCUGCACUCGCUGGCGGAGCGCGUGAGCCGCGACCAGGACCAGCUCACACCCUCACACAUACCGCACCCUGAUAGAGAUAAUGCCGUGUGCUCGCGCAGCACAUACUCCCCGCUGCAGGCGCUCAGCGAGAGCACCUGCCGCGACCACAGCACACACGUCGCGCCCGCGCCGCCGCAGCCGCCGCCACCCAGGAUACAGGCGCCGAACCAAAACGUGACUCUCCACCCGGCGGUCGCACGUUGCACCGCCACAUUGGAGCUGGCGGCUCUCUGGAGGAGUUUCCACGAGCUGGGCACGGAGAUGAUCGUCACUAAGGCCGGCAGACGGAUGUUCCCGGCGCUGCAGGCGAGGCUGUCGGGCCUGCUGCCCAACGCAGAGUAUCUUUUGCUGGUGGAUUUCGUACCCGUCGACGAUAAGCGAUAUAGAUACGCUUUUCAUAGCUCGAGCUGGGUGGUGGCGGGUAAGGCGGACCCGGUGUCUCCCCCGCGUAUCCACGUGCACCCGGACUCGCCCGCCGCCGGCGCGCACUGGACCAGGCAGCUCGUCUCCUUCGACAAGCUCAAGCUCACCAACAACCAGCUGGAUGACAAUGGACAUAUAAUCCUGAACUCGAUGCACCGCUACCAGCCGCGGCUGCACGUGGUGUUCCUGCCAGGGGACGGCCAGGCGGCGCCGCCCGGGGCCGUGCCCUACCGCACCUUCAUCUUCCCGGAGACCAGCUUCACCGCCGUCACCGCGUAUCAGAACCAUAGGAUAACCCAACUGAAGAUAGCGAGUAACCCCUUCGCGAAAGGCUUCCGAGACUGCGACCCGGACGACUGUCCCCCGGAGCAGAGCACCCCGCGUGGGACGCCGCGCAGGCGCGAGAUGCCGGUGGAGCCCUACCCGCUGUCGCAGCCCUACGCCGGCGACCCCAGCGCCAGCGGCCCGCUGUAUCCUGCGCACGCGCACCCCGUGCGAUACCAGCCUCACACGACUCACAACAGCACCUACACCGCCUACUAUUCCCACAGAUAAACUGAACUGCUUGGUCGAACCUUCUCAUGUGAUACUUAUAGUUUUGUAAUAUACUAUUAUACACUUGUACCAGAAUCUACAUAAAUGUUGAGUGGUAAAGACGAAAGCUAAGGUUUUUGUGAAGUAGAUGUUGUGAGAUUUCAAUGAUUGUGUACACUUUGAGAACAGUGGCUAGUGACCAUCACGAUCUAAUGGAUUUAUACUAUAAUAUUAUUAAGGAAAGGAAAGUGUAAGAAAGCAUUUACAUACUAUACAAAUUUAUCUUAGGGUUGAUUCAGACCGCCACGCGACGCGUAGAUGCAUUUCUAA